AUGGCCUGGCGUUACGAAAUCGACAAAUAUAUUUCUGACCCAAGAGCUGACAGUACUGAAGAUAUUUUAGAAUGGUGGAAGAGACACGAAUGCAUUUUUCCAAACCUUGCCGCAAUGGCCAAAGACUUUUUGGCAACGCCAGCUUCUUCAGCUCCAGUUGAAAGGCAGUUUUCUAGAGCUGCCUUAAGUCUUACCAAAACAAGAAAUCGAUUAGGCGAUAACUCCGUUAGAAGCCUUUUGUGUCUCAAAUCAUGGAUGGCAAAUGAGGAUAUUAAAGAUUUAUUCUAG